AUGGCCGCCUCCGCCGAGUCCCUCCUGGACCUGCACGAGUCGUCCCUCUCCGACGACAGGGACGACGUCGACUCCCUGCCCUCCACAUCCACGAGCGACAUCUACUCGGACGCCGACUCCGAGGCCCAGGCCGAGUGGGACCGCAGCCUCGAGCAGCUGCAGCUCAUCCUCACCAUGAUGAUUGUCCCCUGGAUGGGCAAGUAUUUUGGCCGCAAGUUUGCCUUUUGGAGCUGGGCUCGCUACAUGGAAUGGAUGCACAACGUCGAGAUCCGGUGGACCAACAAGAAGGCGUUCAAGGUCGUGGGCGCUGUCGAGGCGGCCGCGACGUUAUAG